GCCUUUGCCAUUAUCGACCAAAAUUUCGCUGCUCCUGCUGGUGCUGGUCUUUGAAGCCGAGUCUCUCACGUGUACCGUUGUACUCGCCUUCCGACUCGUCCGAAAACAUUCCAUUUUCCAGAGGCAGUUGAGGAAUCGACAGAAGCCUCAACAUGUCGCGGAGGCAGAAGGCGACCGAGGAGACGGAUAAGCUGACACGAAUCGCCAUCGUCAGUACAGACAAGUGCAAGCCGAAGCGAUGCCGACAGGAGUGCAAGAAGAGUUGUCCGGUCGUCCGGAUGGGCAAGCUCUGCAUUGAGGUCACUCCGAACGACAAAAUCGCCAUAAUUUCGGAGGAAUUGUGCAUUGGAUGCGGUAUUUGUGUUAAGAAAUGUCCCUUCGAGGCCAUCACAAUCAUCAAUCUUCCGAGUAAUUUGGAAAAAGACACAACGCAUCGUUACUCGCAGAACAGUUUCAAGCUGCAUCGUUUGCCCAUUCCUCGCCCUGGUGAGGUCCUUGGUCUUGUCGGCACCAACGGAAUCGGCAAGUCAACGGCUCUGAAGAUCCUCGCCGGGAAACUGAAACCCAACCUGGGUCGUUUCACCGAUCCCCCAGACUGGACAGAAAUUCUGAGCCACUUCCGCGGUUCUGAAUUGCAGAACUACUUCACCAAAAUUCUCGAGGACGACCUGAAGGCGCUCAUCAAGCCUCAGUACGUCGAUCAGAUUCCCAAGGCUGUCAAGGGACAAGUGCAGCAACUGCUGAACAAGAAAAAUGAGCGCAACAACGAGCCGGAAAUUUCAGACAUGCUUGAUUUGCACAAUAUCAAGAACAGAAAUGUGACGGACCUAUCUGGAGGAGAACUGCAGAGAUUUGCCUGUGCUAUGGUUUGCAUCCAGAAUGGAGACAUCUUCAUGUUCGACGAGCCUUCCAGUUACUUAGAUGUGAAGCAGCGUCUCAAAGCUGCUCAGACUAUCCGCUCUCUGCUUAGAGAAGACAAGUUCAUCAUUGUGGUUGAGCACGAUUUGUCUGUACUUGAUUAUUUGUCCGACUUCAUUUGCUGUUUGUACGGCAUGCCUGGAGCUUAUGGUGUAGUCACCAUGCCCUUCUCCGUACGAGAAGGUAUCAACAUUUUCUUGGACGGUUUUGUGCCUACUGAGAACUUGCGGUUCCGAGACGAAUCUCUGGUGUUCAAAGUAUCAGAGUCGGCGACAGAGGAGGAAAUCAAACGAUUGAACCACUACGAGUACCCAACCAUGACCAAGACUCUGGGUGAUUUCAGGAUGGAAGUUCACGGAGGUCAAUUCACUGAUGCCGAAAUCAUUGUACUGCUAGGAGAGAACGGCACAGGCAAAACGACUUUCAUCAAGAUGUUGGCUGGCAAGGUGCACCCUGAUGAUGGCUCAAAGGACAUCCCACAGCUCCACAUCAGCUACAAACCCCAAACCAUCAGCCCGAAAUCGACAGGGCCUGUGAGAUGUCUGCUGCAUGACAAGAUCAGGGACGCUUAUGUCCAUCCUCAGUUCAUCACCGAUGUGAUGAAGCCGAUGAAGAUUGAUGAAGUAAUGGACCAAGACGUUCAAAACCUCAGCGGUGGUGAAUUGCAGCGAGUGGCUAUGGCCCUGUGCUUGGGCAAACCUGCCGAUGUGUAUUUGAUUGACGAACCGUCUGCCUAUCUCGACUCCGAGCAGCGUCUGGUUUGUGCAAAAGUGAUCAAAAGAUUCAUCCUCCAUGCCAAAAAGACUGGAUUUGUGGUUGAGCACGAUUUCAUCAUGGCCACUUAUCUUGCCGACAGGGUAAUCGUGUUUGAGGGAAAACCCUCUGUUGACACGGUUGCCCACGCCCCGCAAAACCUGUUGAACGGAAUGAACCGAUUCUUGGAGCUCCUCAAGAUCACCUUCAGAAGAGAUCCCAACAACUACAGACCCAGAAUCAACAAGCUCAAUUCUGUUAAAGAUACAGAGCAAAAGAGAGCAGGGCAGUAUUUCUUCUUGGAGGAUUGAUUUGUUGGACCCAAAGUACCAUACUCGUCGGUGCAGGCACUUUCAUUACUCCCAUCAACCACUCAAAAGUAGGAUGCUCAUUUGCCAGCGUAAGGUCAGUGCGAACAUUUCCAAUUUCAACUUUUCAUUGAUCUGCGCGCGACUGACUUUACAUUUGUUGAACGAAAAAUAAAAAUGAGCGACUUUCGAGUGCAAAACAAAGC